AUGGCAAUAGCAAACAGCAGAGUAAAAUGUUCUAUUUGUAACAAAGCAAAUGCAACUUGCCUUUGCUCAGGAUGUUCAAAAGAUUUUUGUUUUCAACAUUUAACAGAACAUCGACAAAUUCUUCAUAGACAGUUAGAUGAAAUUAUUAAUAAUCACGAUCAAUUUCAACAAACAAUCAUUCAGCAAAAACAAAAUCCACUAAAUUCUUCUUUAAUUCAACAAAUUAAUCAAUGGGAAAAAAAUUCAGUUCAUCAAAUUCAACAAACAGCAGAAGAAUGUCGACAAACAUUGAUGAAAUUGACACAAAAAUCGAUCAAUGAUGUGGAAAAUAAAUUUGUUAAAUUAUCUCAAAACUUAAAAGAAGUUCGCGAAGAAAAUGAAUUUAAUGAAAUUGAUUUAAAUAAUUUUCAAUUAAAAUUAACACAAAUUACAAAUGAAUUUCUUCAACCAGCAAAUAUUUCUAUUCGACAAGAUUCACAAGAAUUUAUCAAGAAAAUUUCAAUUAUUUCAUCAUUUGAGCAAAUUCGAACAAAAAAGAUUAAAUUUCAACAAUUUGCAGUUACUGUUGCGGGAGGAAAUGGAGAUGGACAGAAUUUAAAUCAACUAUCUUACCCUCGUGGGAUCUUUAUUGAUAAUAAAAAAUCAAUUUAUAUUGCUGAUUGGAGGAAUGAUCGUAUUGUUAAAUGGAAAUUGGAUUCAAAUACUGGUCAAAUCAUUGUAAAUGGAAAUGAAAAUGGAGAUCAAAAUAAUCAAUUGAGUUAUCCAACAAAUAUAAUUUUUGAUAAAAAAAAUAAUUCUUUUAUUAUUUCUAAUGAGGGGAACAACCGAGUAAUUCGAUAUUUUGAUAAAAAUCAAACAAAUCAAGAAAUUCUUAUGUCAAAUAUUGCUUGUUUUGGUCUAACAAUCGAUAAAAAUGGAUUUAUUUAUGUUUCUGAUUAUGAGAAUCAUGAAGUAAGACGAUGGAAACAAGGAGAUACAAAAGAUGAAGUAGUUGCAGGUGGAAAUGGUCAAGGAAAUCAUCUUAAUCAACUAGAUAAACCUACUUUUAUCUUUAUUGAUAAAGAUUAUUCUCUUUAUGUAUCAGAUAGAGACAAUCAUCGUGUGAUGAAAUGGAGAAAAGAUGCAAAAGAAGGAAUUAUUGUUGCUGGUGGAAAUGGGAAAGGGAAUAGCCUCAAACAAUUGUCUCAUCCUCGAGGAAUGAUUGUUGAUGAUUUGGGUCGAAUCUAUGUGGCAGAUCGUGAUAAUCAUCGAGUAAUGCGUUGGUGUGAAGGAGAUGCAGAAGGUGAGGUUGUUGUUGGGGGAAAUGGUCAAGGAAAUCAAUCAAAUCAAUUGAAUGAUCCCACAGGUUUAUCAUUUGAUGAUGAAGAAAAUCUUUAUGUUGCUGAUAGUGGAAAUCAUCGAAUCCAAAAAUAUGGAAAACUUUAA